CCAAAGUACCAGCUGAUCAGGACAGGGUAGUUUCCAAUGUAGUUCCAGCACGACAUUGGGAUAUCAGCUGUGAUUUGAUGACUCAAGAUGGCCGAGGAAGGCCCUGUCGAGAGUGUGGACGUGGUUGUUGUUGGCGGGGGCCUGUCAGGACUGAGUUCAGCCUAUCAUCUGUCAAAACGGAACAGUUCGUGCAGAAUUCUGGUUCUAGAAGCAAAAGGUCGUGUUGGAGGUCGCACCGAGACCGUACCACUGCAGGGUGCAGGGGGGCAGGAUACGUGGGACUUAGGUGGGAUGUGGGUUGGCAGGACCCAGCUUCAUAUCCUGCAGCUACUGCAGGAGCUGGGCCUGCAGACAUAUCCGCAGUACACCCGCGGCUACACAGUCAUGCAGCUGGGCUCUGCAGGCAGGGUCGCCAAGUAUCGUUCUGAUUCCCCCAUUCCUAACAUGCCUCUACACAGUCUGAUUGACGUGCAGUUGUUCAUAUGGAAGGUGGAGAGGAUGCGGAAGCAGGUGCCACCUGGUGAUCCUGGCAGCUGUCCACACGCCCGGGAGUGGGACAGCAUGACUGUGGAGACCUUCAAGCAAAAAAACUUGUGGACUCAGGCUGCCAAAGAUGCUGUAGACAUUGCCUGCUGGAUUGUGUAUGGUGUAGAUGCCAGUAGGAUCUCCCUGCUGUACUACCUCCACUACACCAGCUGUGCAGGUGGCCUGUAUCCUCUGGUAGAGACAACCAAAGGCUCAGGGCAAGAGCUUAAAAUCAAGGGAGGAGCCCAGCAGGUGUGUGAGUUGAUGGUACAGAAGAUUGGCAGAGAGAACGUAUGGUUGAACCAGCCCGUCACACACAUCACACAGCAGGCUGAUGGAGUCACUCUCACCACUGCAGGGGGCAGGACAGUUCAGGCCCAGAGGGUCAUCUGUAGUGUCCCACCACAUUUAGCAGGAAGAAUAGAAUACUCUCCCCCUCUGCCCAUGGAGAGAGAUCAUCUGACACAGAACAUGCCUGUGGGACACACCAUCAAGUAUGUAGCAACAUACAGAAGAGCCUUCUGGAGGGACAGGGAUUUUAGCGGUGAGGUGGUCGCGUAUGACAGGACAGCAGACGUAGAUGGUUGUGACACGGGACCAAUACAGAUUGCGUAUGAUAACACCACGGGAAACGGGAACCCUGGCCUGGUGGCCUUCAUGUGUGCUAACUACGCCAAACAGUGGGCCAGCAAAAGUAUAGAACAAAGGAAAGCAGCUGUCCUGAAGAAAUUUGCUGAGUGCUUUGGGGAAGAGGCUUAUGACCCCUUAGACUUUGCUGAAAAGGAUUGGGGAACAGAGCCCUACAAUGGUGGCUGUCCCAUCAGCAUCAUGGGGCCGGGGGUCAUCACCAACUUCAUCCCAGCACUCAGGAGGCCAUGUGGCAGAAUCCACUGGGCAGGGACAGAAACAGCCUCACUGUGGUGUGGUUUCAUGAACGGUGCAGUGCAGUCUGGGAUACGUGCGGCAGGUGAGGUUCUCUCCGCCAUGAGCCCCCACCUGUUGUCGGAGGCCGACCGUCAGGAACUAGUCGCUGUGCCGCAGGAAGUAGAAACUCCCGCAAAGGAAGCGCACAGGAAAAAGGGUCGGAAAGUUGUCUCAGCUCUGGUUGGAGUAGGACUUGUAGUUGGAACAUCUCUGGCAGUUUAUUACUACAUCAAGACCUGAUGGUAUUACAAAAUAUUCUUAGUUGCUGAAAAUAUUAGACUUUUGUAUAAUAAUUUAUAAAAUCAAUAUUGUAUGAAUUUUAUAGGAUCAUGUACUGUUUGAAAUUCUGAGCCGUGCUUCAAUAAUUAUUGCAUACAAAAUAUACACAAUUUUGAAUCCUUGAAUUUUUUAAAUUGUGAAGUAGUCUUCCUGCUUUCGGAAUUAGAAUAACAUUUUGAUAAACACAUGUACAUUGUUUUGUAUGUGGUACAGUGAUGUAUAUGUCCAUGGUGCAAUGAUUGACAAUAAUGUGAGCUCAGACAAGUCAUUGUACAUUCAAUAUUAUGUAUUUGCAGUACCAGCACUUCAUUGCAAUCUAUUGAUGACUGAGACCCAUUACUAGUAUUUCAGUUAUCUGUGUUCCCCUUUAGGGCUGUUAUGGACAAUACAAAUAAAAAAAACCCAUUUGGGGUUAUUUUGUACCCCUUUCCUAAUAUGGAAACUGUUGCCCAAAUAUGGAUAGGUGGUCGGGCAUGAUUGGGGUAGGAGAUCUGGUUGACACUGCUACAUUCUCCAGGGGCAAAAUCCUCAUUACAACUAAUAAUUUAGAUAUGUCUAAUUUAAAUAAUUGUUGUAUUAAUCAUUUAUCAUAUGAUUAUCAGAAUUGAGAUUAGGAUCUGAUAUUUAAUCAAUGUAUCAGCUUUAUUCCUGGACCACUGGAAGAAGGAAAGAUGUGCAAUUUUACUUUUUAGUCAUGUAAUAUAUUAAUGUAAGUCUAGAGGUAACUGAUUAUAUUCAUAUGAAUCUCAGUUUCGAUGGAAGGUCCGAGUCAUUGAUCACAGCACUUUUACAGUAUUUUAUGACUGAUCUAAAAGUUUGUUCCAGGUGCUGCAUGUUUAGUGUCUUAAAAUAACCUAAACCAAUUUCUUCUCACCCACUCUCAGGGAAAUCCAUUCCAAGUCACUUUGCAAUAUUUUAGACAUUUCUGCAACAUUUGAAUUCAUUUUUAAAUGGUUCUAAAUUAUUACAGUUGUCUAAGCUUCUGCAAUACAUGUCUAAUGAGAUCAAUUUUGGUUGUAAUUAAAAACUAUUUCAACCAUU